AUGUUCGAUGUUGGUUAUCAUCAACACUCCGCAAACAAACCCGUCUCGCCAAGCUUGACCUCGACUGCUACAUCGGUUGCUGCUUUACCUUCGCCGGAUGCCAGCGACUGGAAAUCGCACUCCAGCGAAGCCGCCCCUCGUGUGUCACCCGGAGGCGUUGGCGCAUCCUCCGCGGCGUCAAUAGCACCCACUAUGACCGGAAACAUUAAUGCUGGUUAUCCUCCUCUAUACGUUCGACCAGAAGCUCCGCCUAAGACGCAUGAGCAGAACGUUGCUGCCAGGCAGCUGUCUUCAAUGCUGCCUUCGAACAGGACCCCCACGCAACUAUUAUCUCCGACUGUGUCGGUGCCGUCGAAUAUUCCACCGCAGUCGGUCUCCUUUCCAGCCCCAGGACACGCUUUACCUUCCCCUACUCAGCUACAUCCUCAUUUGCAACAUGUCCACGGCCAGGCACCCCCCCACCGCCACCACCAGCAGCAGCAGCAGCAGCAGCAACAUGUGCAGCCGCAGCAACAUGUGCAGCCGCAGCAACAUGUGCAGCCGCAGCAUCAGCAAGGACAGCCUCCGUCGUUUGCAGCUUCGAGGGUGAUCUCAUUUCCAUCCCCAAGCCCAACAGCCGGCGCAGACACGUCCAGCACUGCACAGUAUACAGAACUUUUGAAUCUCAUCAGGAGAACCGACCCAGCAAUAGUUCGACAAGUCGUACGGGUCACACACGAGACGAGUUUGAACGGCUCGGAAUACCACUACUCGUUCAUGCUAAACAUUGCCUUGCAUAAAGCCUCACGAGGCACUUUGGAUCAAGCGAUUUCUUCAUUCGGUGAAAAAAUCACGAAACCCCUCAGAGCCCAGGUCUUGGCGCAUCUGACACAACAAGAAUUGGAUGCUGCUGCGGAUACACUCCUGUCCAAGGUUAGCAACUCCUUUCUAGAUAAAGCUCUGGCAAAGCGGCUGGAGACCAUUCGAGCCCGCUCGCUCGUGAACGCGCUCGCAAAGGCAGAAAGGCUUGGUUACGAUGUAAAGGACGACGUCGAAGAGAGGAGAGAUGGGACGGAAAACGUCAUUCCAUACUUGAAACAAAAUGAGGCCCAGCUCUCUACACACCAGCAACAGAGACCCUCGCACUCACUUAAGCGAACAUCAGCGCCAGCGUUCGAAGAUCAAGCUGAAACUCUUACGCCGCCGUUGGCACAUCAUGUCCCCAAAAAAGGCUCAACAGCAAAUGGUGACUCUGGGAAUCUCGAAACAUUGCUCAUUUCACCACAGCACGAGGUGAACGGGGCUUGCAAGGUUCGCGGGACCUUUUCAAGAGUUAACAAGGACAUGUGCCCACACUGCGGAUGCGAGUUUGCCACUACCGUUCUCCUUCAGGACCAUGCCAGGUCACGUCCGUGUGGCAAAUACACGACGACUGAUGUUCAAGCCUUGAUACCAGCGCUUAAAACGUUUUACGACGGCAUUGAUCGUGGAGCAAAAGGGGCUAGAGGCGGCCCGUCAGCGGAAAACAGAAACGGAGCGCGGGAGGGCGAGAAGCAACGGAGAACAAGCUACGUCGGCUCGACUACUCCUGUCUCAGGUGCCUCGUCUCCUCGAGAUGCGGAUGCAAAAGCGAACAAUCCAUACGCCCACCUCUCUCCCGAGGAAAGAGCCAACUUUGAGGCUGAAAUGAGGCAAGUAGAAGAGAAGUACGGGGGUGCGAUGAGCCUGGCCAUGUCGCUUCCGCCGGAGAAGCGUAUUCCGGAGCUAAACAGGGUCAAGAACAUGCUCACCUCGAAGCAAAGUUUGACGAGGAAGAAGUACGGAAUCAGGCUACGGGAAAGACGACCAAAGGCUGAGAUUGAUGCGGAACGCAGUCGGCUUAUGUCAUUGUCUUUGGAAACCCCUCCAAUGGAAACACGCGUGGAACCAUGGGAUAGAACGAACGCGCUGCAGGGUGGCUCUGCACUCAAAAGAUUACGGUCAAACAACCAGGGGGAAAGAAUCAUUACCUCACCACCAGCUGAUCCGGGCUCGGCGGCGGAGUUGCCGAGAAAGAUGCCGGGCAAGGAUGGGGACAAGUCGAGGGACUCGGCAAGGUUCAGCCAACAGAAGCACCCUACUCCGUCUUCAGCCUCUACUCAAGCAGCAUCAUCAAACGCGACACCAACGCGUGCAAUAGGUGAACCUAGAUCCAACCCAAGCGGCGGCGGUCCGAGAACGUCAGCGGGCACAAGAAACGACCCGAUGCAACUCGAUGACCUGACCGAUGAAAGUUCGGAUUCGGAGGAUGAGGACGACGACAUUCCGGCUUUUUUGCCACCCAAAACACAGUAG